AUGGAUCGUCGUUUCAGGAACCCACCAACCCGUUGGCCCACGCUACCGGAGCACUUUCUUGCAGUCAUCGUUUCACGCCUACACUCUGUCGACGAUGUCCUUCGUCUUCGCUCCGUUUGUAAGUCUUUUCGUGCCAUAGUCCCCUCUCCUUUCCAAAGCCUAGUUCCACUUUUAGUUCAAAGAACUUCCUUCCCCAUUGGCCCUACCCCAUCCCGUCGCUGCGGCCACUUUCUUCUCACUGAGUCGACUGUUUAUGCUAUUGAGCCGCUUCACGAAGUCGCCAGUUCGGCAGAAACGACUCUAACAUGGCUGGUGAAAAUUGAAGAGUCGGACUCUGGUGAAGUCCGACUCAAGGAUCCGUUUAAUGGAUUCCGUUUUCAGAAAUUGUGUAAUAAGUUGCCGAAAUCUGUAAACUUGUUGGAUUAUCGUAUUAAGGAAAUAACUAGAGCUUAUAGGCUUGAAUUGGGCACUAUUGGGAAAGGUACUAGUAGGCUUUAUAGUAAUAAGGUUUACCAAAAGUCUACUAUCUUUGUUAAAGUUGCUGUUGGUACAGAUGUUGAUAAAUUUGCAUUCAUGGCGAUUCAUCGGACUAGGAGGCUGUUUGUGUGGAAACAUGGAGAUGAAAUGUUGACUCAAUUGGAUAUUGCUCCUAAUGAUUUUCGGGAUCUUAUUUUUCAUAAUAAGAAAUUUUAUGCCUUAGCCUCUACGGGUCAGACUUUAAUUGUGGAUUCUAUGUCUUUUGGUGUUUCUACAGUUUCGAAGCUGGACGGACUUAUUGGGCGAAGUUACCUGUUAAAGUCGUCUGAGAAUUUGUUUAUGGUUAAUCGGGAUUGGGAAAUUGAAUGGGAAAUUGAACCGUUACGUUGGAGUUUAAAGGUUUUUAAGUUGGAUGAAGAGAAACAUGAGUGGGUUCGCGUGGUGGAUGGAUUAGAGGAUACAGUGUUGUUUGUGGGUGACGAUUGCUCAUUCUCUGUUUCAGCCAAAGAGUUCGCUGGGUAUGAAGGGAAUUAA